CGAAAAACAAGAUGGCGGACAGUGGAGCAAAUGAGGUUAUAAUUUCCUCUUCGUUUAGCGUAAAACUGACAAAUUGGCGAGUCAGCGAGGGACAGAUGGUAAAAGAAAGAAGUGUUCUUGCGUUAUAUGAAAAAUUAGGUCAAUCUGAAGAGCAGAAGGGGUUCAUAACUCAACCAAAGUUGAAGAGUACUGUCAACGGCCGUGUAGGAAAGCUGCUCGUUGCUGAGGGCGAUGUGGUUCUCCCAGGAAAACCUGUUAUAAAGAUAGAGCAAACAGUUGCCUGUGAACACCAAACUGUUAUGAAGGAUUUGUGCUGUGAUUGUGGCAUGGAUCUCAGGAAGCUGCAGACUGACCCAGAUGAGCCAUCAUCACCAACAUCAGCUACAGUGGCUAUGAUUCACAACAUACCUGAGUUAAAAGUUUCCCAAAAUGAAGCUGAGGCCCUGGGCAAGAAGGAUGAAGAAAGGCUUCUCAGCUCACACAAGCUUGCUCUUGUUGUAGACUUGGAUCAGACCAUGAUUCACACUACCAUUGAGCUAGUGCCUCCUGACAUGAAGGAUGUGUACCAUUUCAACCUUGCAGGAUACCCUCUGUGGUACCACACAAAGUUCCGUCCCUUCUCUCAUGACUUUCUUGUUAAUAUGUCCAAGCUGUACGAGCUGCAUAUUUUCACAAUGGGCUCACGUCUGUAUGCCCAUACAAUUGCACGUAUGCUUGACCCUGAUGAAUCCCUCUUCGCACAUCGUAUCAGAUCAAGAGAUGAUUGCUUCAAUGGAUUUUCAAAAUCCAAUGAUCUUAGGUCUUUAUUCCCACGAGGAGAUUCCAUGGUUUGUAUCAUCGAUGACAGAACUGACGUAUGGAAUGACGCGCCUAACCUCAUCAAAGUCAAACCUUACCAGUUCUUUAAGGGAGUGGGUGACAUCAAUGCUCCAGCAGAAAAGCAGAACGAGACAGCAUCGUCUUCUGAAAAUAAUGAUGUUGGAUAUGAAAAUGAAAAGAAAGAUGACAAUGACGAAGUCAAGGACGACGAGGACGAGGCUGAGUCUGAUAGUAAGGAUAAUGAAAUAAAGAUGGAACUGGAGAAGGAUGAGGAUGAUCCUUUGAAAGAUGGAGGUAUAGAAGUAGAGAGGAGUUCAAAAGAAACUUGUGUGGUCAAGGAAGACGAGAAUAAAAACUGCAGCAGUAGUAACAUGAAAGUUGACUGUUCUGUUGAUUGUGAAGUUAGUGCUAUUGCUUUAAAAGAUGCGAAAGAUGCUGAUGAUAUUACAGAAGAAAACGAAUGUGGUUUGAAAAAAGUCGCAAAAAAUGAAGUUGAGGAAAUGAAAAUAGAUGAAGAUGCCUUGCAGGAUUGCACAAGUAGUUCCUGCAUUCCAGAGAAGCAAAAUGGCGAAGAGCUUAGCUGUAUAAGUGAAAAGAACUCACAAGAUAAUGAAACAAAAGUUAAUGAAGAAGAGAAAAGCCAAGUCAACAAGGAAAAAUCUCAAGAAAAGGAAGACAUAAACAGUAAUAAAGAUGAAAGUGUUGAGGAGGAGAAAUCUGUACAAGAGAAUUCUAAAGAGAUAGAAAUGGAAGAAACCGACAAAAACAGUAAUGGAGAUGAAACUGUCAACGAGAAGAAAUCGGAACAAAAUAUUUCUAAGGAAAACGAAAUGGCAGAAAACCACAAAAACGAUAAUGUCGCUGAAGCUGUUGAAAAAAAGAGAUCUGACCAAGAUAUUUCUAAAGAAAAUGAAAUGACAGAAAACGACGAGAAAGAAAAGGAAGAUAACAGUACUCAAGGUUUCAAAAAUGGAGCCCAAGGAAAAGAAGAAUCGAGUACCGAGAAGAAAGACGCGGCGACUGCGGAUGAGACUGAGAAGUUUGUCCAAAACGACGAUGACGACUACCUUAUUCAUCUCGAGGACAUCUUGCGACGAAUCCACCAGAAAUUCUACGAUGUUGUUGAUCAAAUCAAGGAGUUAAAAACCAAAAACCUCAAGGAAGAUUCCAGUAUAACUCGAUUUUGCAAUCCAGACACCCUGACACCGUGCACAAAACAGAUAAUAAGAGAACUACGUUCAGAAGUAUUAAAAGGAGUCAAUGUUGCAUUCACUGGAGUGAUACCAACCAACAUUCAGCCCGAAAAAAGCGAGAUUUGGAAACGUGCUGAAGAACUUGGCGCCAAACCACAGCGUCACGUUGUGUGCCCUAAAGACACAACCGACCCAGCUGACGUCACAACACACGUGAUUGCUGCGCGUCUUGGUACAGAAAAGACAUAUCGCGCCAUUAAGACACCCGGUAUUAAACUGGUUAAACUGGAUUGGCUUUGGAGCUGCUCAGAGAGAUGGGAGUGGGUCGAUGAAAGGUUGUUUCCCGUUGAUGGGAUAGACAAGUAUAAGAAAGAUGUUCGGAAUCAACGCACGCCCCAAGGAACGCCGCAAAGCUGGAAGAGAACCGCGAAAGACGAUAAUAAAAACGAUAACAAACAAACUCCUUCACUUGAAGUCGAAGUUGGAGUAAACUCUAACGAGGGCGCGCGCGAGAGAACUACUUCGUCAAGCAGCGCGGACCUUUUAAUGGCUUCCAUACAUCCUUUACUCUCUUUCUCCUCGACUGAAAUGGAAGCCAUGGACAAGGAGGUCGAGGACUUGAUGAAUUCAAGCGAAAACGAGAGUGACGUAAUCGGUAGUAUUUCUGGAUCAAGUAGUUCGUCGAGCAGCUCGUCCAGUUCGAGUUCCAGUAGCUCGAGCUCAUCUUCUGAGGAAUCUGACGAUAACGAGGAAAAGGAUAACGUAGAUGAACCCUUAAAGAAACGAAAAUUAACUGACAGUGAGAGUGAUGAUAUUCUAACAAAGAAGCGUAAAAAAGACAUUGAUUUAGCAUCAGAAAAACUGCAGGAUCGGUUAACUCCAAGUGAUGGGGAUGGCGAUGAUGAUGAUGAUGAUGACGAUGAUGAUACCAAUAAUGAUAUGGCAGCUUUACUAGAGGCAGAACUAUCGCACUACUACAUGCUUUGUUCAAUGACCAUGGACCCCAAAACUGGUUGGUCACAGCCUGAACAGCAUGGUCCGGCACACAAACUUUGGGGAAAAGUAAUGGAGACGACUAUUAAUAACGGUAUAGGUUCACCAACCUUGGGUAGUAAUACCGAACCUAGGACUUCUGACUUUCUUCCUUUGAAUGUGAGGAAUGGGAUGGAUAGCACAUUUGUAAAGAAUAUCAUAAACAAUGAUAAGACUUAUGGUGGCAAAAGGAAAAGAUCGGAAAAUAUCGCUAGUACUAGUAACAUGGAUGAUUCUUCGUUGGUAUCGGAGGAGACUGUUCCAUGGAAGCCCAAUGGGCAAAACUAUGUUAAUGGAGUUGUUGGCCUUCAUCAAGAGAUUUUGGACUUUUACGAGUUCAUGAAGCCAAGAAAAGCCGAGCUAAACAUGCGAAAAGACGUCGCUCGUCGAGUAAAAGAAGUUAUUAUAAGAUUAUGGCCAACAGCUGAGGUUGUAGUCUACGGAAGCUUCGAAACUAACCUGUAUUUACCAACGAGUGACAUAGAUCUGGUAGUGUUCGGCAAGUGGGAACGGCUGCCAUUAUGGACGUUAGAGAAAGCUCUCCAAGCCAACAACAUCGCUGAACCAUCUUCCAUCAAGGUUCUAGAUAAAGCAUCGGUUCCUAUUAUCAAGUUAACAGACAAAGAGACUGAAGUGAAAGUUGACAUUAGCUUCAAUGUCUAUGCUGGAGUCCAAGCAGCUGAUUUUGUGAAGAAAAACAUGAAAAUCUACCCUUGCAUACCUCCACUUGUUCUUGUAUUGAAGCAUUUUUUACUCCAGCGUGACUUGAAUGAGGUUUUUACUGGUGGUAUAAGCUCAUACAGUCUCAUUUUAAUGGUUAUAAGUUUCCUGCAGCUUCAUGUGAGAAGUGACGGCAAAAGCUUAGAUGAUAAUCUUGGUGUACUCCUGAUUGAGUUCUUUGAAUUGUAUGGUAAUAAUUUCAACUACUUCAACGCAGGGAUAUGCGUCAGAGGUGGUGGUUCUUAUUUCAGCAAACAAGAGGUAUUGAAUGACAUGGAUGAAGGAUUAAACACUUCUUUACUCUGCAUUGAGGACCCAUUCACUCCAGGCAAUUACAUUGGAAAAAGUUCAUACAAAUUCAUGCAAGUCAAACAAGCUUUCGUAUAUGCAUACAAUGUUCUCAGUAAAGCUGAACGCUAUUCCAAUCCUCCCAUUGAAGGGAAUAGGACUCACAGUCUUUUAAGUCGAAUAGUUCGGGUAACAAAAGAGGUGGUGGAAUACAGAGAAUGGGUGGAAGAUAACUGGGGGGAGCCAGCUGUGGUUUCCUUUAUACCACAACCUCAGCCUAAUCUCCCUAAAGUACCACCAACCUAUGCAAGUAUUGCCAAUAGAUCCAAUCAAAACCAAACCAUGGACAAUUCUGCUCAAAAUGGAAGGAAACAUUAUAUUGAUGCAUCUAAGACCCCGAUGCACCCACUUUCAAGAUCUCAGUCCAAUGUGGAAUCGUUAGUCACUCGAUAUUCUGAAAUGGAUAAUGGUACUGAUCCAUUUACACCAAGACCAAGUAGUUCAGACUCGGUUGUUGCUCUCAGCAGUGGUCUCACUUUGGACUUGAAUUCUGACUUCAGGGUUUCAAAUUACAGAGGAUCUAUGUCUUUGAACAGUCCUACUGCAGCACCACCAAAGAAAAGCAAAGAAAGUUCCACAUUGUCAGACUUAUCAGUCUCAUACUCAGGAGUUGCAAAAUCAACUCCUUCAGCAAACAUAAACUCAUCUCUCCAAAAAUCAUUAUCUAAGAAUACAAAUGCAGAAAAAAAUGUGGAUCACAAAGGACACUUUCUUAAUUCUACUAUUAGCAAUUCACAAGAAAACAACAAGGAUAUUGCGAUGGAAACAGACAACCAAACAGUAAAGAGACAGUCAAAUAAUCAUGAUGUUAAGCUAAAACCUGACAAAAAAAAGACUUCCUCCAUUACUAUAACACAAACUAUCAUCAACAAACCAUCUCCUAGCAACAACAUUGGUCACCAUAACAACAACAACAAUAACAAUGCUACAAUAGAAAACACAAACUCAGUCAAAGGGCCUGGAAGGUCAACAAAAUCCAAGAAGAACAAGAAGAGGAAAGCUGCAAAGAAGUCUCCCUGAAGGUGAUCUUUCUAGAUAUGUUAAAUUUUUAUCCAUUCCAUAUUAGAAUGUUUGCCUGCAGUAUUCUUGGUCACUGUGGUCAUGGUUGAAGAAUCCUUUCAGUUUCCAUCACUUGUCACUAUGAUAUCUGUGUAACUUCCAAUCAAUCAGAUAAAGCAGCACCAUCACAAUAACAUCAUUACAUAUCUUCAUAUGAUGUGCAACUAGCUGUUUUGCUUAACAUCCUUAAACUACUGCAUGUCAUGCUUUGGUGAAGAUAUUGCAUCUAUAUAGCCCAUCCAUAAGAGCAUCAUAGUCUGCUACACAGGUGUGCAACUUGCCACUAGAAUUCAAAUGCCAUCCCUAAUGCCAUCCUCUCAUAAAUCAAGAUACUUUAUUGUCUAACCAUAACAGCAUCACAAACAUCUUUGACUCCAGUGGUACUAGACUAUGCAAUUCAAAACCUUCCUGUAAUGGUCUGGUGGGAACUGAAGAUAGUAUCAUCAUGGUGUGAUGGACGGGAAAAGGUGUUCUAUAGUAUUCCAACAUCACAAACCAUCAUGCCGUGGUAAGAAGUAAAGAUAUUGCAUUGUCAUCACCCUAACAGCAUCCCACUGUGUCACUGGCAAUUACACUACACAUGUCCAUAUCACCAUCAAGUGACAGAGGAAAGAAGGUGUUCUAUAAGCACACAAGCAACAAACUAUCAUGCAGUAGUAAGAAGUGAAUAUGUUCCAUCGUCAUCACCAUAACAGCAUCCCACACUGUGUCACUGGCAAUUACACUACACAUGUCAUAACCAUAUCAUCACAAUGCAAUGAAGAAUAGAAGGUGGUAAUAUGCAACAACAUCACAAGCACCUUUGAUGCUGUCUCACUGCUGGCUUGUAGACUUCAUUUGCCAAAAUCUCCUCAAUACUGUGUUAGAGAGAACGUUGUACAUUAUUUCAUAAAUUAAGAAACUAGAAAUAAGCUUUUAAUGAAAUUUCAUAGCAAAUGCAAAACUAUUGUUGAAAAAUUUAAAAAAGAAAAUCCUAUUUUAAGACUGACUCCUUUGAUGAUUUCUUACAAAUUCAAAGAGCUAUGGUAACCAAAGCUGUAGUUAAGUUCUAGGUAGAGAAUGAAAUAAAGUAGACUAAAUAAAAUCUAAAAUAGCAGAGGGCAGUUUUUCCAAUUCCAAAAACCUAUUUUCUUAUAAGAGAAAUAAAUAGAUCAAUAAAUCGUUGAAGAUUCUGAAAUGUUGAUAAUAUAGAAUUGACUUGCAAAAUUUAAAAAUAUUUUUAAUAUAAACUUUUAAGGCAAGUCCUUGUAGUAAUGAGUAUUUUAUGAUUAUUACGGUGCUUGAAUUGCAUCAUCGUUAUCUGCAUACCGUCUUAGGAAGCAGAUUUUGUAUGACUUUUGAAAGCUCAAGAUACAUGCAUGUCAUGCCUUGCCAUAUAUAGCUAUGAAAGUGCCAUUUUCAAGCAUUCUGUUGGAUAAACAUUAACCUUGUGUAAUGUGAUUGGUCUGUUGGAUGUCCCCUGUUCUGUGUUAUAAUAUCGAUUGUACAAUAUGCUGAAACUUUAAUAAUUUGAAAUGAAAACCAAGAUAUUUUCACCCAAGAUAAGAUUUCAAAUGUUGAAUCGAUAUAAAAAUGAACUAUUUGAAACUUCUCAUCGAGAUUGGAUCGUGUAUGCAAGUUUACAUGAUCGUGCAUGGCAUCAAAAUUAUUUUCUGAACUCCAACUGACAAAUAUUUAUGUUUUCAAAAAGAAAAAGCACCAACAAAAUAUUACAAAUUAUCACCAGAGUUGUAAUUGUCGAUUGAAAUUAAGUUUAUUGUUCAAUCUGUUCUUUUGACUUAGAUUUGCAGAAAAUCAUGAAACUGUUAAUAGUAUGAUUUUGGUUAAAGAAUUAAAUAAAAAUUGAAAGAACUAUAUGACCCAAAAGUUACAAAUUCCAUAAUAUUGUAUUAUGAAAAAGCAGUCUGAAAUUUCAGUCAAAAAAUUGUGAUUUCACUCUAAUUUUUAAGAUUUUUAACUCGUGGAUACGCGAAGCGUAGAAACGAGUUAUUGUGAGGGGUCUGAAUAUGCAAAUGUGUCACUCGCUCACUCGCUCACUAAGAUGUUAGCAGAUCGAUAAUUAAACGUUUAGCGAUCGUCUUACGUCAUUUGACUACGAAUGUUACACGACACUAGCAAGCACAAAGCUCUUAUACCAUAUACGUUACUUUUGUUAUUUUAUAUGAGGAAACGAAAUGCUGAUGUUCCAUGUGGGAUCAGUUUCUAGCACUUGUAGGGCGCCGUGGGGGCCCACUGUGCAUGCGCACACUCGCACAUAGUUUUAUCUUCGAAUUAUUCAUAUUAAAAGAAUCAAGGAAAGA